AUGAUAAAACUGUUUGAUGCUCAUUGUCACCUACAAGACCCCAGAAUCAUCAACAAGGCCCCAAGUCUUAUCAAAACAGCCCUAGAGAACGGGAUACUCCAUUUUGCAGUGAAUGGUGUCUCCGAGAAAGACUGGCAUUUGGUAAAGGAGAUGAGCGAUAACUACCCUUCUAUAAUCCCUUCAUUUGGAAUCCAUCCAUGGUUUAUAAUGGACAAAACCUCCAACUGGUUGAAACUCUUAAGAGAAUUCAUGGAUGAUACACCUUGUGCUGCAAUAGGAGAGAUUGGUUUAGACAAAGGGUCACGUGGAAAGAUGAUUGAUUUCACAAAUCAAGUUGAAACUUUCAGCCUGCAACUUGAACUUGCUAAAGAGCUUAAAAGACCAGCUUCUGUACACUGUGUGCGUGCUUUUGGUGAUCUUCUUGACAUAAUGAAAGCCAUUGGACCUUUUCCUGAAGGUGUAAUCUUGCAUUCUUACUUAGGUUCUGCUGAAAUGGUUCCUGAGUUUGCAAAACUCGGGGCUUAUUUUUCUUUUUCGGGGUUUCUUAUGGCCAUGAAAGAAAAUAAAGCUAAGAAAAUGGUGAAAGCUGUGCCUUUUGAUAGGAUUUUACUGGAGACUGAUGCACCUGAUGCACUACCAAAGAUAUUGAAUGAUUCAGAGUCUGUUUUUUUGGUUGAAGAAGAAAAAGAGGGAAAUGAUGAAGAACUGAAAGAGAUGCUUAAUCAUCCAGCUAAUAUCCAGUUUGUGCUUGCUAAUGUGGCGCGUUUGCUUGAUAUGUCUAAAGAAGAGGUUGCAGAUGUGAGCUAUAGAAACGCAGUGCGUAUCUUUUCUUAUGAAGGCUCCAAAGUGCAAAAAGGGUUUUCCAUGACUGUAACUUAUGACAGCAAAGCGUUGAUUAUAGAUGGGAGAAAGCGGAUUUUGCAGUCUGGAUCCAUUCAUUAUCCUAGAGCCACUCCCGAAAUGUGGCCAGAUAUCAUUGGGAAGGCAAAAGAAGGAGGACUGGAUGUAAUUGAAACAUAUGUUUUCUGGAACUACCAUGAGCCUGUAAAGGGACAGUACUACUUUGAAGGGAGAUUCGACUUAGUUAAGUUUGUGAAGACAGUGCAUGAAGCUGGCCUGUUUGUUCAUCUACGUAUUGGUCCAAAUGGCCCUUACCAGGUAGAAAUGAAACGUUUUCUUGCUAAAAUUGUCAACUUAAUGAAAGAGGAAAAUCUUUUUGCAUCUCAAGGAGGACCAAUUAUUCUGGCUCAGGUUGAGAAUGAAUAUGGAGAUGUUGAGUGGGCCUAUGGAAUUGGUGGAGAGCUAUAUGUAAAAUGGGCAGCAGAAACUGCUCUAAGUUUUAAUACAAGCGUUCCUUGGGUGAUGUGCAAACAAAGUGAUGCACCUGAUCCAAUUAUAAAUACAUGUAAUGGGUUCUAUUGUGAUGAAUUCAUCCCAAAUUCUCCUUCAAAGCCAAAGAUGUGGACAGAGAACUACCCUGGAUGGUUUCUUGCAUUUGGGUAUCCUGUUCCUUAUCGACCUGUUGAAGACCUGGCUUUUGCUGUUGCAAGGUUUUUUGAAAAAGGAGGCACUUUUCAAAACUAUUAUAUGUUUGGUGGAACAAAUUUCGGACGAACAUCUGGAGGCCCUAUGAUUGGUACAAGCUAUGAUUAUGAUGCCCCAAUAGAUGAGUAUGGAUUCAUAAGGCAUCCAAAGUGGAGUCACUUGCGGGAUCUACAUAUGGCAAUAAAGCAAUGCGAAGAAUAUUUGGUAAAUGCAGAUCCAACUCAUCAAUCUCUUGGUACAAACUUAGAGGCAGAUGUAUACUAUAAAACAUCCAGCGAUUGUGCAGCUUUUCUUUCAAAUUAUGGUAGCACUUUAGAUGCAAAUGUGACAUUCAAUGGGAAAUCAUAUUUUCUCCCUGCAUGGUCUGUGAGCAUUCUUCCAGAUUGUAAAAAUGUUAUUUUCAACACAGCAAAGGUUGUGGCUCAGAAAAGUGUUGGUGAUGCUACUACAUUUGAUGUGAGUGAAUUUUCACUGUCGAAUUCAAGAUGGAGUUGGUAUGUAGAAAAAGUGGGUGUUUGGAGCAAUGAAUCGUUUACAGAAACCAGUUUGGUAGAGCAGAUUAAUACAACAAAAGACGCAAGUGAUUUUCUAUGGUACACUACAAGGAUAGAAGCAGAAGAAAAGAAAGAUGUGUUUUUGCUCAUUCAGAGUUUGGGACAUGCUGCUCUGGUUUUUCUGAACAAAAAAGUUUUAGCAUUUGGUUAUGGUUAUCAUGAUGAUGCAAUCUUCAGCAUAAGCGAAAAGAUUAGUCUUGAACAAGGAAACAACACGUUGGAUAUUAUUAGUAUGAUGAUUGAUCUACAGAACUAUGGUCCAUGGUUUGAUACCUGGGGAGCAGGCUUAUAUUCCGUCACCCUGCUUGAUCUCAAAAAUGCUAAACAGGACAUUUCAUCUAACGAGUGGACAUACCAGGUGGGAACUGAAGGGGAAAGUCUUGGACUUGAUAAAACAGAUGUUGCUAAUAGUUCCAUAUGGACCCAUGGCAAUGAAAUCCCCACUAAUCAGAGUCUCAUUUGGUAUAAGUCCACAUUCAUUGCCCCUGAAGGAAAAGGUCCUCUAUCACUGAACCUUGGAAGCAUGGGGAAGGGUGAAGCUUGGGUGAAUGGGCAGAGCAUAGGACGAUAUUGGUCAACUUACCUUUCACCAUCAACAGGUUGUACAGAUAAUUGUGACUACAGAGGAACUUAUAAUGCACAAAAAUGUCAGAAGAAAUGUGGUCAACCAGCCCAAAUUUUAUAUCAUAUACCACGGACAUGGGUGCAUCCUGGUGAGAACUUGGUUGUUCUUCAUGAAGAGCUGGGUGGCGACCCUUCCAAAAUUUCUGUGCUCACACGAACCGGGCAGAAAGUGUGUGGCCAUGUCUCAGAGGACGAUCCGAUUCCGGUUGAACUCUGGAAACCCAAUUCCGAUUCCAGUUCUCAAAGCCCUCAACUCCGAUUGACAUGUGAUCAAGGCUGGAAAAUUUCAUCUGUUGGUUUCGCUAGCUUUGGGAAUCCCAAAGGGGAUUGUGGUGCUGGAUUUACUCAAGGAAGUUGUCAUAUUGACGUUUUAUCGAUUGUUGAACAGGUUUGUAUCGGGAAGCAAAAAUGUUGGGUUCCUGUUUCAACAGCUAGUUUUGGGGACCCGUGUCCUGCGGUGGCAAAAAGCUUGGCAAUUGAAGCUUUAUGCACUGCUUGA